GUUAGACUGAAUGGCCUGUCCUGGUCUUCAAAUGAAGAUAAAGUUGUUAAAUUUUUCUCCAGCUGUAAAAUUGUUCCAAAUGGGUUGCACAUACUUCUUGAGGAUAACAGCAAACCAUCAGGUGAUGCUUACAUAGAAUUUGAAACACCAGGUGAUUGUGCCAAAGCUCUUGAGAAGAAUAACCAGUACCUAGAUAAUCGUUAUCUGAUCAUAACUAAAAUUAAAAAAUCAGAAAUG